AUGUCAUUCAAGUUUAUCUGUUCCCCACUGACAGUCGAAGGUCAAAGCACAAAAAUCAUAUUCAAAACAGCCCAUGUUAUUUCUGGUCACACAACUACGAAUUUGGAAAAGCAGGCUGAGUAUCCAGAAAUAACAGUACCAGAAGACAAAGCAUUUGCUUGCAGUUUGACAAUUAUUGAUAAAAUUAUAGAUGAUGAUUGCUCCAUUUACUUUUUAAGAGCCGUAGAUAAAGAAAUUGACUCUGCACCAAAUUAUUACGAAAUUAUCACAAAUCCGAUCGAUAUUAGUAUGAUCAGAAAGAAUUUUCUAGGUAAGCAGUACCAGAAAUUCGCUAAUGUUGUCAAUGAUAUUAAACUUUUAAUCAAUAAUGCAACACAAUUUAACCCAAAGCAACAUGCUGUGCACCAGGCUGCACUAAAAAUGUCAUUCUUACUUCGUGACUUGCUCAAUACUCUCAAUAAGAACCCUUCAGAGCUCGAACCAAAUCCAACAAUUUCUAAAGAGGCAGAAAACAGAAUUGCUAAAGCACAAUCUCAACUCACUGAGCAAAGAAGAAAAUCCCGUGAACGCCAUAAAAAAGCAAAUGAUACUCCAAAGAAAACUCCAACAAAACUGGCAAAAAGGCUUUUACCAAGAGAAUUCGAAGACCUCGCAAAGCAUGUUAGAGAAUUACCAUCAGCUGCACUAUUCGGAGUUCUCGAAAUCAUACAGAAAGGAAAAUUUGAUCCAAAUAAUUUACCUGUUGAAAUAGAUCUUCAAUCACUGCCUGAUGAUGUUGUAGACAAGGUUAAAAUAUACGUAGAGAGUUGCUUGUCGCACCAGGACAAGAAACCAGUGAUGUACGCGUGGCAGCCAUACGAACCAAAGGAAUUACUAGCAUUACAGGAGCAAUAUGCUACAGAAUUGUUAACAUGGAAAUGCCCACCGAAAGAGGCAGAAAUUCAAAGAGAAAUCGAACAAGAUAUUUAA